AUGGUGUAUCUGCUGUAAUUAAGAGUCCUAAAAUUUUUCCAGAAAGAAAACUUUGAUGAUAAGAGAUUUUGUAAGUUCUAUAUAAAACUCUUCAAAAAACUAUACGAUUAUGACAAGAUAAAGUAUCUACCACCUAGAUUUGACUCAGCCUUUAGAGACUUAGCAGCUUUUAUCAUUUUAAGAAAAGACGAGCUGCUUGAAAAAGGAACUAUGGACUCAUCAUCUUCAUAAUUCUCAAUGGUAAUCUUUAAGAUUAAAAAAAAUAUAUCAAAGGGGCCAUUCUUAAGUACAAUUAACAAAAGUCACAGUUUAAGAAGAGAGAGUGAGUAGACUAGGAGUAGAACUUAGUUAGAUAUAAUGAAUCAAUCUCCUUUUGAUAGUUUAUAUGACAGAGUAAAUCAUAGACACAAUUAACUAGAGCAAAAAUAAAUAAGCAACUAUCAAUAUCUAAAUAUCUAGUAGAAAUAAAAGAGUGACGGCAAUGGUAACCAAGGAAAUAUCAGUGCUAUGAGAUAGCUUGAAUCUUCGAUUGAGUUUUAAGGGGAUAGAGCAAUUGCUUAGGCUUAAAUGUAUAAAACUCAAGAUAUUUCAUAACUGAUCAAGGAUCAAUCAGAUGUUAUUAUGGCUGAAGGGAAUUCCAAAACUCCUAAGAAUAAAAUAGAAAGAUAGGUUAAUACUCAAAAUGUAGGCUCUAGGAAAUAAUUAAAUGAUAAAAAGAAAUAGAAAUAGCUAAAUAUUUCCUUAGACGAUAAAUCAAUAGUCAAGAAGAAGCUGUCAAAAUCAUUUAUUAAUAACAAAAUAGUGCUUCCCUCAGCAGUACCUAUGCAAUCAAAUUAAGAUCACAUUCCUAAAAUAAGGAUUUAAACGAUUUCAGAUUAAAUUAAUUCCUAAAGAAAUACGAACAGUAAAAAUUUAAAUGAAAGAGCACAUAUUAUAUAAGACAACAGACAGUAGCUCUUAGAUGAACAUUUUUAAAAUAAGAAAAAUAUGAUUUUAAAGUCAAGGAAUCAAAAUGAAACUUAUGAUAAAAAUACUAGGAUAGAUAAUAGUUCAGAUACUGUGAUUCCACCUUUAUCUAGCAGUCCAUAAUUUGAUAAAUAUACCUAAAAAUAUUCAAGAGAGAAAAAACGGAUCAAAUAGUUUGUUGACAGAGAUCCAAAUUAAUUGAUUCAGGUAGCAAUGAUGAACCAUUCAGGAUUCAAGAAUAAUAAUCAAGGUUAUAAAGACUAUCUUAUGCAACAAAGCCAAUUAAUUGAUAAUAGCCAUGGUAGUAGCUAGCGUAGUAGUAGUUAUAGAGGUAAAUGGACUAUAAAUAAUAGCAAUAGUUAUAACUAAAAAGUACAUUAAAGUAAUAACUAAGGAGAAAAUUCUGGAAAAGUAGGGUAAAGUCCUAAGACCUAAUUGAUAAAAUAAAACUAAGUAUCUUUACAUGAAUAAGAAAUUAAUAGAAGAUAGAACGUGAUUGAAGAAGAGGAAGAGAGUCAUUUCGAAUCAGACAAUCAAAGUAACAUGGACUCUACGAGUAUACUGAAUAUGGAGGACUAAAAAUUGAGCAAAAAGUUUUGA